CCGCAAUUAUCAAGCGUCUGUCAACAACAAUAACAACAACAGCAAAUACAUAUUUAACAACGCAUGAAGUCUUCAAAGAAACUAGUAUUACAGAGGCAUGUUUCAGUCAAUUUGCCCUCUCCAUAUCGAACUAAAAAAUCCGGAAAAAUUAACCGAGAAAGAAUUUAUUCCUCGAAGUGGUCAUAGAAUUGUUGUAGAUGAGAAAUACGUGUACAGUUGGGGAGGAUAUAACUAUGAUCCUGACUUAUGGGACUUGGAUGAUGAAGAUCAUACAUACCCAUUGCUCAAAGAGUUGUGGAGGUAUCAAAUUUGGACUGGAGAGUGGAAGUUGUUGAAGACACAUGGAGACAUACCAACACAGUUGGCAUCCCACCAUCUUGUAAAAGUCAAGAACCAUUUGCUACAGUUUGGUGGAACAGGCGUUCCAUUCGGGAGUGCCAAUACAAACUGUUUAUAUGACCUUGACCUUGACACAUUAGAAUGGAAAGUGCUUUUAAAACCAAAAAGUCCAGCAAAUGAUAAUGAUGAUGAUGAUGAAGAUGGCGAUGAAGAAGAAGACAACGGUGUUCCAAGACCUAAAUAUGGACAUUCACUGACACAGGUGGACAAUUGUUUAUAUGUUAUUGGCGGGACGUGUGGAUAUGUAUAUGAUAGCAACAUACACAAACUUGAUCUGAAUUUACUAACAUGGGAGGAGAUACCAGUAAAUUCAAAGUAUAUUCCACAACCAAGAUAUCGACAUGAAGUUAUUUAUUAUAAAGGGAAGUUACUCAUGUUUGGUGGUGGGGCAGGUGUCAAUUAUUCUGCAUUUAAUCUUGAUAAGAUUGAUGUUUUUGACCUGGAUAAACAAACUUGGGAAAAAGUCAUGACGUUUCCAAGUGAACAAAAAUUAGAUCAGGGAGAUUCGAAAAAAGUUUUCCCAGGCUGUAGAAGAUGUCACAGUUGUGUGAGAUUUAAAGAUGAUGUGUAUGUAUCAAGCGGGCUUUCACCAGAUGGUAUUUUAGCAGAUAUGUGGAGAUUUCAUCUUCCUUCAUAUCAGUGGACGGCUUUAAAAUUGCCUUUACCUAAACCUGUCUAUUUUCAUUCUGCUGCAGUUACAGACGAUGGGUGUAUGUUUAUAUUUGGAGGAGUGACCAGAAUCGAUGAUCAGAGAACUAACGCCUUACAGAUCAUGUGGGUUCAGAUACCACCACUGAAACUUUUGGCCUUUAACACUGUGGUGAAAAGUUUAAAUCUUGAAAUAUGUAAACAGAACUACCAGACUUUAAUAGCUCUCGGAAUACCAAGACACUGUCUGGAUUUAAUAUUGUGAUGAUAGUUGAUAGGGUACACACAAACAAACAAAAUUUCCCUAAUUUUAUAUAUAUAAAAAAAAAAGUCCCAAGUGUAACUAUGCAGUAUGGGGUUGAUACUCAAGCCAAUAAUUAACAAGUGUUUUUGUGAAUUGUAGGGAGCCUGUUUAAAAGAUUCUUCUUGCAUAAUUAUAUUAUUGAAUAAGAACAUGACUUGAAACCAUGUUUUCAGCUGUUCUAGAUUAGCUUUUAGCAGUUCAGCUUGGUUGACAAUCAGUUGGCUCCAUAUAUACAAUUACUUCCAUGGACAGCUCCCUUAUUGUUUUGAUAUUUUGAUCAUUUGUUGCUAAUUUAUGGCUGUGUUUGUUAGAGAUUUUUUUCCCUCAUUUAUGUAAGUGAUAUUGGCAGAAAACCGGAUUUGUUAAGAUUUUAUGUCAGUUGAUAUAAUGUCUGAAUUAAUUACAUAAAAUGAUUUUUAUUUAUAAAGGUUUAUUUGUAAAUAUUUGGGUUAUAACCUCUUAUCUAAAGGUUAUAAAUAUUUCUGUAUUAAAAUGAAAUAUGUAGUUAUGAAUAUACAUUGAAGUACAUAUGCUCGGCAAGGGUAAACAAAACACAUGUACACAAAAUGUGGAAUUCACAAGUCAAUGUAAAUGUUAAUGAAUUGUUAGCUCACCAGAGCCGAAGGCUCAGGGUGAGCUAUUAGUAUCAAAGGGGGAUGCUCCGGCGUCCGGCGUCAACAAUCAUCUUCUUCUAUGAAACUACUAAGCAGAUUUACUUCAAACUUGGUCUGUAGCAUCCUUGUGACAGUCACACUUGAAUUUGCUCAUGUCAUUCCAAUUGGCCCCUUUUAGGGGUCAGCAGAGCUAAAAAUAGAAAAACCUUUAAACAUCUUCUACAGAACUAAUUGAUGGAUGAUCACCAAACUUUGUCUGUAGCAUUCUUGGGUAGUCUUUUAUCAAGUUUGCUCAUAAUAAUUUGAUUGGCCCCUUUUAGGGGUCUCUAGGGCUAAAAAUAGAAAAAACCUUUAAACAUCUUCUUCUACAGAUCUAAAGGAUGGAUGAUCACCAAACUUUGUCGGUAGCAUUCUUGGGUAGUCUUUUAUCAAGUAGGCCCUUAUGAAUUUGAUUGGCCUAAAAAUACUAAAAAACUAAAGCUAAAAAUAGAAGAACCUUUAAAUGUCUAUUGCUACAGAACUAAUUGAUGGAUGAUCACCAAACUUUGUCUGUAGCAUUCUUGGGUAGUCUUUUAUCAAGUUUGCUAAUAUUAUUUUGAUUGGCCCCUUUUAGGGGUCUCUAGGGCUAAAAAUAGAAAAACCUUUAGAGAUCUUCUCCUGCAGAACUAAUUGAUGGAUGAUCAUCAAACUUUGUCU